AUGGCCGAGGAGAAGGACGAUGGGUUUCUCGAUGGGGCCGUCGACCUCUUCACGGCCCCCGACGGCUUCUAUCCCGAAGAGAAACAGCCCACCUUCGCCGAGCAUCGCAUGCUCUCUGGCGACACCGUUCGAGUGCGCCUCGUCGGCAGCCAUCCUUUAUACGGCAACAUGCUAUGGAACGCCGGCCGCGUGAGCUCCGACUACCUAGAGCAAAAUGCAGAGCGCCUGGUCAAGGGCAAGGAUGUCUUCGAAAUUGGCGCGGCCGCAGGCGUGCCGAGCAUCAUCGCCGCCGUCAAGGGUGCGCGAACAGUAGUCAUGACAGACUAUCACGAUCCAGACCUGGUCGACAACAUGCGACAAAACGCCGAUGCCGCCGCGGCGCUCAUCCAUGCAGACUCGCACCUGCACGUUGCCGGAUACAAAUGGGGGGCUGAUACCGAGGAAAUAAUGUCCUUCCUGCCAACAACAACACUACCACCGUCCUCCGACGACACUGCUGCUGCCGCCGGUUUCGAUACCCUGAUCAUGGCGGAUGUCGUAUACAGCCAUCGGGAACAUCCGAAUCUGAUCAAGACGAUGCAGAUGACAUUGAAAAAGUCGGCGGAUGCGGUGGCUCUGGUGAUUUUCACCCCGUAUCAGCCAUGGCUUUUGCCCAAGACGCAGAUGUUCUUCCCGUUGGCAGAGGAGAGUGGGUUUACCGUUACAAAGGUGUUUGAGAAGGUUAUUGACAAGGUUUUGUUUGAGGAUGACCCGGGGGAUGAGCUUCUUCGACGUACGGUUUUUGGAUAUGAGGUUCGCUGGGCUGCGGCUAGUUUAUGA